UAGGCCUGUCCUGCCUUUGGGGAUAAUGUAUGAGGCCUAGAAAGUCCCCUUGCCCGGCUCACAAGGGGAACGUGCGCCCUCAUACGCCCGGGCAGCCAAGAGUCUCUUAACUGUGGAAAAGUGGGGCGGCACAAACGAGUCGCUUGGCCGCUGCCACUAAGCGAGCGAGCAGGCGGGUUUCCGCUGUCGGAGUUGAGAGAAGAAGUGUAAUAGGACUCCGGCGCCCUCCUUUCCCCGCCCACGAAAGCCUGCAGGCGGCAGCGGAAAGGAAGUUUCACCAUCUCUGUGGAGAUGGAAGGAGACCAAGCAGCAAGCAGUAUGAAAACACAGACAGUUCACUUACUUCCAGAAGAGCAACUAGUGGCACUACAUCACCAGAUGGUGGAAAAUCAGGCAUCCUAUCAACACAGACUACAGAAUUCCCAGGAGGCACAGCACAGGCAGGCAGUACUUGUACAAAAGUUACAGGCAAAGGUGCUGCAAUAUCGUAAUUGGUGCAAGGAGUUAGAAAUGCGACUGGAAGCAAAUAGGGGGUCCCAUCCACACCAGUGGGAUCGCAAAGAGGACCGUGGUCUAGAGAAAGCGCUGAUCCAGUUGGAAGAAGAACAGCAGAGAUGUGAGAAUUUGGCUGGGGUGAACAACUUGCUCCGUGAGCACUUGGACAAAGCCAAUGAGGUGAAUGGGGCUCUCCGAGAGGAUGUCAGCAAGCUGAUAGCUGACUGGACAAGGGCCAGAGAUGAGCUAGAGCACAAGGAGAGCGAAUGGCAUAAAGAGCGGGAGUUUUUGGAGAGUUAUAUGCGGAAUGAACAUGAUCGUCUCUUUGGCAUAUGGCGGCAAGUGGUGACCUUGCACCGUUAUUUUGUGGAAAUGAAGACAGCAACUGACAGGGAUCUGUCUGAACUAAAGGCUGAGCAAGCAAGACUUUCUGGCUGUAUACUCGUCAGUUGCUUACACUUAAGUUCUGGCACACAGCUCUUGGAUACCAAUAGUUUUGAAAACCUUACCCUGAGGGGACAGGCCCAACAGCAGCAACUUCAUAUGAGGCCCAAGAAGUUGGAUAUGGAAAAGGAAAUAUACCAGCAAGCACAAGCAAUUGUGAGUUUGCAUGUCAAAGGAGAAUUAGCAAAGGAGGAUCUUCAUAGCAGGGUGAUAGAGUUGACUGCUUUGCUUGAACAGUCUCAAAAACAGAAUGAGGAAAAGGAAAUGUCAAUGAAGACUCUCAGAGACACUGUGGAGAUUCUGGAGGCUGAUCGCUUGCGGAAGGAAUAUGAACAAUCACAGAGCAAUAAUACACACGAAGAGAUACUUUCCCUUCAGCAUGUGAUAAAAGAAAUAAUUGAGGCAGUAAUCAAUGAAAGUGAUGCAACUAUUGGCACCCCACAGGAUGAGAAGUAUGCUGAGCCUUGUAGCUUCUUGCAGUUGAACCCUGAUGACCCAGGUAGUGCUAUCCUGCUGGUGCGUGAAGUGCUGACUAGGAGAAGCAAUGAAGUGCAGCACCUGAGACAGCAACUCUUGUCUAGUCAAAAUUCUGUCAGCUCCCUGGAGAAGCAACAAGAGCAGCAGAAAGACCACUGUAAGUUCCUAAGACAAAAACUUGAGCAGCUAGAAGGAGAGCAAGACACACGCAUUAGCCAACUUCAGCAUCUGCAGUCCAUGGUGGAGACUUACCGCAGUGACCAUGUAACCCUGGAUAAAUCCAAGAUAGAAUUACAGCAACAACUGGAAGUCUUGGAACAGGAAGUCCAGCACUUGCGCCGAACUAAUACUGAGCUACAGCUGAAAGGAGACAUGGUGGAUGGCCAGAAAGAAGAACAGCAGCAUCAAUUGGAAAGGAUGCUGCGGGAGAGAGAAUAUAUUCAGGAAGACCGAAAUGCUCUUGAAGGAAAGCAUUCAUUGUUAAAGAGUGAGUUGAUAGCCAUGAAGGAAGCACUGGAAAAAUCUCACCUUGAUGGAGAACUGGUGAAACAAGAAAAACAUGAACUUGCUACAGCGCUGGAGCAGGCUGAGCAGUCCUUUGCAAAAUUAACUGGUGCACACAAUCAGCUAAAAGCAGAAGCUGCUCACCUUCGUGAUGUAGUUGCAAAGAUGAGUGCCCUUAAUGAAGCUCUAGCAUUGGACAAAGUGAGUUUGAAUCAACUUCUUUUGAAGAUGGAGCAGGAAAAACAGGCACUUUUGGACAAAGUUGAUCACCUGGAAAGACUAAGGACCUCUUCACAGAAGCAGCUCAGCCAGAUGGCAAGAACAAAUGAGGAACUAAGUGCAGACAAGACUCGGUUACAGCAGUUGCUACACAAGGCUGAGGGAAUGCAGGAAAGUUUACAGGAUGAGUUAAGAGUACUGAGAGAUGAACAGAAAGAGACCUGUGAGAAGCUGAGCCAGGCUCAUCACCAGCAUGAGACAUCUAGUACUGAUUUGGAGCAUGCACAUCAGGAGUCAAGUCGUCUUGGAGAGGUGCUGGCCAAGAUGUCCAAAGAAAAGGAAUCAUUAAUGCGUGAGAAAGCCACAUUGGAAGUACGACUAGGGGCUGUAGAACGAGAGAGGUGGAGUUUUUCAGAGCAAGUGGCAGAGUACAGAUCAACGAAGGAUCUUCUGGAAUCAAGCCUCCUUAAAACUCAGCUGCAGGUGUCUGACCUGGAAGUUAACAACGGUCAACUGGAAAUGAAAAUCCAGGCAAUCAACCAGGCCAAAGAAGUGAUACAAGGAGAGGUGAGAUGCCUUUGCAAUGAACUGGAAGCUGAAAAGUCAAAAUUUAAGCAAGAAAGGGAAGAAAAAGCACAACAGCUCUUGCAGGCCGAGCAGAAGUACCAAGAAAUGCUAGACCACUGUCAAAUUGUACAUAAGGAGGAAGUUAAUAAACUAUGUCAAGAGUUGGAAGGUGAACGAGAACGCCACCGUUUAGAACUGGAGCAGGUGUUGGAGCGCAUAGUCAAGGAAAAGGAAGAGAAUGAAAGUGUCUAUGAGAGGAAGCUGCUGGAACUACAACAGGAGGUCGUUGCUGUAAAAACACAUAUGGAAGACGAGCUCAUUAAGGCUGAAAAUGCCAAGCAAGAGGUGCUGCUAGAAAAAGAGAAUGAGAAGAAAUCAUUACAAGAGUAUCACCUCCAAACAAAACAGGAACUCAGUAGUACUUGCCAGCAGCUAGAUUAUCUCCGUCAGGAAAUAAAGAAGAACCAAGAGAGGGAGCAGGAUACUUUGCAAGGUUUGGAAGCUAAGCUGAAGGAGGCCCACAGUACCAUAGAAGCACUAGAAAAGAAGUACGAGGAGGAGCUCAAGUCUCUCAAAGAAGAAAUCAACUUUCUCCGUAAACAACGAGACUCUUUGCAAAGUCAGGUACAAGAGUUGCAGUCACAACUACUGACAGAAAAAGAUUCUUGCCAUUUGAUUAGCCAGGAGGCUCAGCAGCAUUUAAGUGACAUACAAGAGUUGUCCAGACAGAAGGCAUUGGAAGUUGCACACCUCCAGAAGAUGAUGGAAGCAGAAAGAAAACUCCGAGAAGAGAGAGAACAUCAAAACAUGGAGUUGCAGAAUCAGAAAGAAGAGGUGGAGCACAGAAACACAGAACUGCAUAAUAUGCUGCAAAGUCAAUGGCAGGAAGAACAGCAUCUGAAUAGAGAGCUGCAAAGCAAGCAGGAAGAAAUUGAGCACCAACGUGCCACAGUUCAGGCCCUGGAAAGGGAGCAGAGCCAGUGGGAGGAGGCAAAGCACCAGAAUUUAGAGCAGCAUUCUGCACUCCAGAGGCAGUGGGAGGAGGCAAAAUGUCAAAAUAAAAAAUUGCAAAAUCAGAACAUAGAGCUGCGGCACCAAAAAGAGGAGGUAGAACGUCAGAAUGCACAGCUGAAGGCUGUGCUCCAGAGACAGCAGAAGGAAGCGGAACACGAGAGUAUGGUGCGUCAAAACCGUUGGGAGGAGGCAGAACAACGUUAUUUAGAGUUGCAGAGUUGGAAAGAGAAAGUUGAACAUCAGAAUUCAGAUUUGCAGGCCCUUCUCCAUACACAUCAAGAGGAAUUGCAAUGUCGGACCAUGGAGCUGCAGGCAAAGCAGGAGGAGAUGGAACAGCAGAGCACUGCUCUACAGAAGAUGAAGAAAGAACGGACUCAGUGGGAGGAAGUUGAACGUCAGAAUUCAGAUCUUAAAGUAGCAUUGCAUGCUUUGGAGCAGAAAUGCACCAGUUUGGCUGCAUCUUUGGAGGAGAAGGAACUCAGGCUCAAGAGACUGCAAGACAGUGAUAGUGCCCACCAGGGUGAAGUCACCAAAUUGAAUACUGCACUGCAGCAAGCAGAGCAGCUACUUGCUGAGCACAGUCGAGAAGAGCAGGAGCUCGCUAGACAGAUACAAUCCCUCAAGGAAAUUGUGCUGGAGAAGGAGGCUGCCUUGGUAGCACAUAAGGAGCAGCUCGCCCGGAACCUGGAAGAGUCCCAUGCUAGUGAGCAGUCUUUGAAGGACUCCAUGAAAAUGUUGGAAGGUGAAGUAUCUCAGCUACGCCUGAACCUGUGCAGCACAGAGAGUCGGGCAUUGGCCUUGGCAUCGGAAUGUCAGCGUGCUUGUUCUGCCCGUUGGGAGGCACAGUCUCACUUGACUAAGCUACACUCGGUUCUGCAGUACAUGCUGUGCAAAAGUCCCGAGGUAAAGCUGGAGCAUGGAGGGAGAGGAGACAAAGCUAUUCGAAGCUCAUUGUUCAGUGCAAGAGAACAGGAUAAUGGAAAGGGACUGUCUUUAUCUCAGCUGAAGGACCUUUCUGCUGAGCUUACAGUGGAGAGAGUGGCAGAAGCUAUUCAGGACCUGCGGCAAGAACUCUGGCAGACUCGCCUAGAGCGGGAUGAGAUGAGAAAGAAUUCAGAAAAAUUGAAGCAAGACCUCAGUGAAAAGGAAGCAGAAAGAGACCGCAUCAGUGCCAAAGCCGAAGAGCUUCAAAAGUGGCUCGAUCAAAGCCAAGAAGAAAAAAAUGUGAAAGAAGGCAGACGAGGCUCCCUAGAGUCUGCCUUGAAGGCAGAGGUCAUUGCUUUCAAAGAAGAGAAUGUGACUUUGCAUGGGAAGGUGACUGCUUUGGAGAAGACUCUUGAGAGUACAGAGAAGCAAAGAAAGGAUGUAAUGAAUGAACGAGACAUGCUACAAAUGGCCAAGGAAAAGCUGACAUGGGAGCUAGAUCUUCUUCGGGAAUCUGUCACAGCCUCUGAAAUUCGAGCAAAUGCCAUGGAGAAGAUGAAUCAGUCCCUAGAACAAGAGCUUCAGGCAACUCUCUCCACUCUCAGAAUUAAACAGGAGGAAGCGGAGACUCAGCAAAAGAGAUUUAUGACUUUGCAGCAAGAUGCAGAAGUGCGAAAAGGUUUGCAAGAAAAUCUGGAUUGCCUAACUGUUACUCUAGAAAAAAGAGAUGAAGAAAUAAAAUCCCUGCUGCAACAAAACAGAGAACUGGAGAGGCACAGAGAAGUGCAAAAAUCUGCCGUGGAACAUCUCACUAAAGAUCUAGAAAAGAGAGAUCAAGAAAUUGAAUCUCAAAACAAACAGAUAAAAGACUUGGGAAAGCAGAAUAAAACACAGGAGGCUGCUCUAGAGAGACUGAAUAUAGAUCUAGAAGAGACACUCCAGAAUGUGAAAUCUCAACGGGACAAGAUCCAAAUACUAGAAGACCUGUUACAAAACCAAAGAACUAUAAUGGAAAGCCUGAAUUUGAAUCUGGAACAAAAAGUCAAAGAAAUGAAAAUCAUGGAGGAAAAAAUCCGCAUUGCUGAAGAGAAUGAGUCAGCACAAAUUGGUGCUCUGCUGAAAGAGUUGGGUGACUUGAAAAUAAGGUUGAGUGAAAAAGAUUGGGAACUCACAUCUCAAAAGCAGCUACUUCAAGAACGGGAAGAACAGGGGGGGAAGCGGGAAAAGUCUCUUCACACAAGCCUAGAACACAUGAAGGCCAUUCUCAGGAACAAAGAAAGGGAGGUAGAAUCCCAGAGGGGACAGAUAACAAGAUUCCAGCAGUGCGAGGCUCAGCGUGAGAACCAUCUCCAUGAACUGCAAGAGAAAGUAAAACAGAUGACAUUCAUGUUGACCCAGAAAGAUCAAGAGCUUGAGUCACAAAAGCAGCAGAUAAAAGAGCUGGAAGGAGAAAUGGAAACAGAACUAAAGGCUCUUCGUGAACUUUUGGGUAAGACGGAGGCAUCCUUGAAGGAAAAGAACAUGGAGCUGGUGUUUCAAAUGAAACAUGAAGAAGAACUGAAAAGGCAGUUAGGAGUUCUGCUUGGAGAUGUCCAGCACAGUGCAGCAGUACUAAAGGAGAGAGAUGGUAGUGCAGAGUUUCAGAAAGAGCAAAUGCAGCAGCUGAAGAAAGAAGAGCUGCAAGAAACAACUAUUGAUAUGUUGGAGCAACUCAGGGUAUUGCUAAAGGAGAGAAUGCAAGAAAUUGAGUCCCUGAAAGAGCAGCAAGAAGAACACAAGGAGGAGAAAGAAAGGCUUGUGAGAGAAAUGCAGACAAAUCUUGAAAUAGCAGAGCAUGCUCAGAGAAAUGGUGAGAGGCAGCUGGAGUCCUUCAAGGAAGAAAAUUGCCAGCUUAAGCAACAAGCACAAAAAGCAGUAGCACAUACUAAAUCUCUAUUGGAGAAACUGGAGUUGAACAGAUCUUCUCUUCAAGACAGAGACAAGGAGAUAGAAUCUUUACAAGGGCACAUAAAGGAACUCUUGAGGCAGAAAGAAUUGGAACAGAAAAGUAUAGCGAGCCUGAAGCAGGAGCUAGAUAAAAUGAAGCAAUUAAUGUCAGAAAAGGAAGAUGAGCUUCUCAAGCAGGCUGAGCAAAUUAGCACAUACCAGGUUAAAGUAGAAGUCACUCUUGCAGAAUUACAGGUAUGCCAGAAUCGGGCAAGUCACCUAGAGGAAGUAAUUAAACAGAGAGAACAAGAAUGUGAGAGAGACCACCAAAAGCUUCAGCACCAACACAAGCAGUUAAAAGAGGAUGAAAAAGAAGACUUUUUAGAAGAAGGGCAGAAAGAAAGGGAGAAAGAGAGGAGAACUCAAGAUGAGAGAGUGCAAAGGCUAAUGAAAGAUGAGAUGAAGGAACUUCUUGAGAACAUACAGCAUCUUCAACAUGCACUGAAGAAAAAAGAUGAGGAAGCUGAGUGGCAGAGAGAGAAUGUUAAGCAGCUGGAAGAGAGAGUUAGCGUUAAAGAGAAGGAAUUGUUAACCUGCAGUGAACAGCUGAAGGAAAUUGUUUCUGCUCUGAAAUCAGAAGAGAAGGGAGACUGCAAUUUACAGAGCUAUAUCCAAAAAAUACUUAUGUGGAAGGAGGAGGAGGCAGCCAAGAACAAGUCUCUUCAGGAAAAGGACCAGCAGUUGCAAUGGCAAAAUGAAAAAAUUCAACACUUGGAAGACGAGAAAAGAGUAAAGAGACAGGAAUUUGAUCGUCUGACAGCUGUUCUGAAACAGACAGAAAGUGAAGAGAUAGAAUGGCGAGAGAGAGCACAGAAGCUGGGUUUGUCCCUGGCCCAGAGUGAAGAGGCCUUGAGAGUCCUGAGAGAAGAAAUGGCUAUUGUACAGAGCAUGGUUUCGGAAAGGGAUAAGGACAGGCUUCAUCUUCAAGAGCAGUUAAAUACAGCUUUCAGAGCUCUGGAGGAAGAGAAACUAGUUACUAAAGCACUGGCAGGAGAUGCGAGUCUACUACCCAGAGAAAAUGACAUGCCAGAAAUAAGGCAAAAGGAGGCUGGAAAGGCUGUGAGAAAAGAGGGAGAGCUGACAUGGAUAGCUGAAAGGAGACUCUUAUGCAAACGCCUGCAGCUUCUGCAGCAAGCUGUUGCCAGGCUGGAGAAUGAUAAACAUGGCCUAAAGCAGCACAAUAUGCAGCUUAGAGGUGCACUAGAGCAGGUAGAACGUGAACGUAGGAGACUGAAAAGAAGUCAUGGAGACCUUUCUCUGAGCUCUGGACUCUCCCAGGCUGAUUCUGCCCCCCAAAAGGUUCCAUCUCCAGCAAAGGAAGAAAUUCAGGUUCUCCAUAAGCAACUGGAAGAGUUACAAAAGCAGGUUUCUGUUCUACAAAAGCAGCUGUCACUGGAGCGGAAGCAGAAGCAGGAUUAUGUUGACUGCUGUGCCAAAACAAACCAGGAGCUUUCCUGCCUACACCAGGAACUUUCUGAUUCUUUAGCUGCUGUGGCUAAGGAGCCUGAGGCUGCUGUCCUGGAACUGGAGACUCGCAAGUUGGAUGAAACCCUGAACCACAGCUUGGUAGUAGGGUGGGAUGGUUUCUUUUCUGGAAAACAACCAAUAAACUCAACACCCAAAACAGUCCAAAAGACCUCAAGAUAGCAUGAAGGAAAUGGCAGGAGUCAGAAGCUCUGCAGAAGUGCCUCCAACAGAACAAUCUUGAAAGAUUCUUUCAUCAACAUGAACUUCAACCCAUAUUGAACUGCAUAUAAUCAUUAAUAUGCAGGGGGCUUCACCUCACUCAACUAGGCCUGGACUCCUAGGACCCAUGCUGCCAAUUUGUAUGUUCAUUGUUUGGAGUCAAUCAUGUUAAAACAAGCUGUGAAAUAACAAGAAUAGCUGGUGGGCUGCAUAUUAAGUAGCUGAAGAUAUGUAUUGUGGAGAUUGUGUCAUAGAACAGAACACGGAGCUAAGGAUGAGAAUCAAACAAAAAAAGAGGACUGAAUUUCUGGUGGGGAGAGUAGAAGUGAAUUGCUGAAAUUGAGUCCUGCAGGAGAUGGGAGUUCACUAAAAAAAAAAGUUCCAGCCAGAUUUUACAUAGAAGUCAGGUCAGAACUGUAUGUUGGAGAGGGAUUCUAACCAAAGCAGCAUUAUCUGAAUUCCUUAAAAAUUCAAUGGGUAAUGAGAUUUUUUUCAGAAUUGAUGUCUAACCCUGUUCUGAACGCAGCAGCUCAUUGUAAAAUAUCUUUAAAGUUGUUCAGUAUUUUUGUACUAAACAUUUUCUUUAAAUAGUUAAAAGUGAAUAUAUUUAUAAA